AUGGCUGUCGACUUGAAAUACACGUCGUGCGAUUCCAUCCCUGGUUUGGUCCAGGAACUGCGUCAAAGCUUUUCUAUGGGUCUUACAAAGGAUGUAUCUUUUCGCAAGCAGCAGUUGCGUAAUCUACAGCGAUUUUGCGAGGAACAUACCGAGACGAUCCAAAAGGCUCUUUAUGCUGAUUUGCGAAAGCACACCAUCGAAACCGGUGUUGGUGAAAUCUCUUUGGUGGUUGAAGAAUGCCGUUAUAUGAUUAAGAAUUUGGAUCGUUUGGUCAAACCCACUUCCACCAAGAAACGAUUCUUGAUGAAUGCAAUGGAUAAGACUUACAUCCGCAAGGAGCCCAAAGGCGUAGUCGCCGUCUUGGGCGCUUGGAACUACCCUGUGAAUCUCCUUCUUAUGCCAGUGGUGGGUGCCAUUGCUGCUGGUUGCUGCGUUGUCAUCAAGCCAUCCGAAGUUGCUGCCAAUACUGCUGAAAUUAUGGGUCGCUUGCUUCCUCAGUAUUUGGAUAAACGUACCUACACGGUUGUCAAUGGUGCUAUUCCCGAGACGACGACGUUGCUUGAGCAAAAGUUGGAUCACAUCUUCUAUACUGGUAACGGUGCAGUGGGUAAAAUUGUCAUGACAGCUGCUGCCAAACAUCUGACACCCGUGACGCUUGAGCUUGGAGGCAAAUCGCCUGCCAUUGUCGCACCAGAUGCUGAUUUCAACAUUACCGCCCAUCGUCUAUUGUGGGGCAAGUUUUACAAUUGUGGUCAGACAUGUGUUGCGCCCGAUUAUGUUAUGGUGGACAAGGACCAAAUGGAGCGUUUGAUUGUUGCCUUCCGCCGCACCAUCCGUGAAUACUACACCGAUAACCCACAAAAGAGCAAUUCCUAUGGUCGUAUCAUCAACACUCGCCAAUUUGAUCGCCUUAAACGCUUACUCGACGCCUGUGAUCCAUCAUCCAUUGUCGUUGGCGGUGACACGGAUCGUGAUGACUUGUACAUUUCACCCACUAUCGUCAGCAACGUUCAACCCAAUGAUGGCAAUCUUAUGGCAGAUGAAAUCUUUGGCCCUAUCUUGCCCAUUGUGCCUGUAAAGGAUAUGAAGGAAGCUAUCCAGGUGGUCAAUUCUCGCGAUCAUCCUUUGGCAUUGUACGUGUUUACCAGCAGUGCUCGCACUUACAAUGAGAUCCUUGAUCAAACCAAUUCUGGUGGUGCCCUUGUCAACGACACUUUGAUGCAUUUGCAAGAGCUUUCCUUGCCAUUUGGUGGUGUUGGACCUUCUGGUAUGGGAUCGUACCACGGUGACAAGUCCUUUGACACUUUUACCCACGAACGCUCUACCAUGAUCAAGUCGACCCAUUUUGAGAGCUUGAUCGCUGCGAAAUACCCUCCUUAUACCGUCGACAAAGAAACCGUAAUGAACCUUCUCGUGUAUGGUUUGCCAUCUUCAGUUGCCGGCAAGGUACAAUCCAUCGUUCGUGCAUGCUCGGCUACUUUCCGUAUCUUGUUUGGUAAACAGCAGCCCACGGCUUGA